CGACAGGACUGAAUGACGUCCCGUGUUUGGCCUGCAUUUCCGGGCCAGCUAGCAACCAGGAUAUGCAGUAGCGGCCCAAAUAGUCAUUUCCGACAACAUCUGUGUACAGAGCAUUGGAUUUAGUACGGUGAAGUGGGACUGAAAUAUGAAGAAAGUAGUGUGAGAAAGUUUACAAUAGCUUAGCGACGUAAUUAAACGUUCUCACGCGAUUCACGGACAAGUCGCACUUAGGUUUCAAUCACAGAGAGGAAGUCUUGCGAGACAGCAUUUUCGGACAGUUUCUUUCCCUUUUUUCGCACAGUGUUUCAUUGGACCUUAGUUUCUGUUCCUGUUGCAUUUAUUUCGACGUUUGUUCUGGCGCAGCAUCUCUCUAGAUCGUGUUCUUUGUUUUCCUACUGUUAUACCACGAAAGGCAGGCGUCUUUCCGCUCAGGAGGUUUCGUAAGGCGUUAUAGAGGGUGCAUCACACGGUGUGAGGGGGUCUUGUUUGAACUGAAUUACGAUUCACUUUGUACGGACACGAUAAUUUUAUAAAAGUGAAUUUUUUCAGUGGAGUUCACUCUCGGCCUACGUGUACAUUCGUGAACAAAGCAACAGCCUGUAAACCGUGUAUAUAUUCUGGAAGCGAAUAGUGGGAAAUAAUAACUGACUGCUAACAAUGGAAUCUAAUGAUUUCCAAUCCCCAGAAACUUUGCACGGCAGCCUUGAGGGAAUAAACCUUGAGGGAAGGGAAGACAACUCAUCCGAAAACAAACCGGUGGACCCGGGAAGGCGCAGGUCUUUAGCAGGUGUGGAAGUCAGUAGGGAAAUCCCCACUGCAGGAUCUACCGUGGAAGAGGAUUCUGUGUCUUCUAACACCCAGGACGAAGACGCCGACAUGUUUUCCUCAAGGAAAUCGACCAGCAGAAAAAAUUCUUUCGGCAAAGCUUGUGACCUGGAAAGAGAUCGGAAAGGCACAUGGAACUUUUCUAGGAAUUCCAAGGUUGCAGAAGGCCCCAAGACCCCUCCACCCUUACCCAAUCGGAGUCCGACAACACGUUUGACUUUCGUGGACGACCUUGACAGUGCAUAUUACAGCUCAUCUUCAUCCGGAGGGGAUUCUGUGGUAUCCUCAGUACUAGAAGAGCCUCCACCAGACUAUGAGGUAACCUAUGAGGAUUUAGACGCAGUUCGACAGGACAUUUACAAACGUCAACAGCUACCAUAUCCACCUCCACCCAGGCUAACCUCCCACCCUUUGCCACCCCCCAACCCUCAGGUCAUGAGAAUAACCCAGGUACAAGGGGGAGGGCUGACCUCGAAACAGCCCCCAGCAUCAAAAGCUAAUGUGGUGCACAUGCCCGGGGAUACAGGUCAUCAUUACUGCAGUAUUGGCGAUGUUGGGGGACUUCCUGGUAGUCUACAUACAGAGGUGAGUAAGACGGCAGUCCCGUCUCACCAGUCAGCACAGCCUCACGUACAUGUUCACCUGUGUCAGGGAGAGUGUAAGUCACUGGGUUUCCAGGCAGGACAGGUACACUUCCACCCUAACACCAGCUACUCCAGAGGCCUCCCAGCAGGGGGCUGGCAGGACAACAUCCCACCCCCACCCUCGCUGUACAGGGGCAGUGUGGAUAUCCAGGCACCUGGGGCCCCACAGGUGCUUCCCACCUACCAAGGCGCAUACCAGGAGAUUCCUGCACAGAGGGUAGGGGGUGUCCCGUUCCCCCACCACCAGUCUAAGUCAGUGCGGGUCCACACGAUGAGUGACGUCAUGUCGGAGGCAGGGGUUCAAAACCUGCACUCGUCAUCUAGUGUCCGGGCUCCGAGUCAGAAGGGUCCUUACCACCUUGGGCCACAGGUUGUUAACAUUGAAAGCAUACCUGAUAUGCCCCAGUUUGUUGGACGGGCAGGCAGUCCUCUGCCACCCCCUCCAAACUUUCCAGCACCCCCUCCUCCCAUCGUGCAAAACCAGUCGCCGAGUCUUCAGAGGAGCUCGCUUAACCAGUCACCCUCUCCGCCUCUUCCACCUCCACCCCCUGAGCUUGCCGCAGAGUAUAAUAAUGGGCUAGGGAUCUAUGAGGAUAUACCAGGACAGAAGGAAACCCCGACAGAGCCAGCAGCUCCGCCAGCUCCCCCUAUCCCUGCCCCUCCCCCUGCUCCACCCAUCCCAACGACUACACCUCACAGAAAGGUGAGCUUUACCCCAACAAGUGAAAGCGAAAACCCAACGGAGGUAAACAGUAACCCUUCACCACGAAAGACAUCGUCAGGCCAACUGAGCUUUUCUGCGGAGGAAAUUGGAAAUGUCUUGAAAACACUGAAAAAGACAAACAAUUCUAAAGCCAAAAAAUCAGUUCCUGUUCCAAAGCCUGGCACCCCUGAGCCAGUUGCUGCUGAAUCGGUCGUGCUCAAAUCUACGCCCCCUUCCACCUCCCCAGCCUCAAAAACAACACCUGUAACAAAGGCACCAGAAGUGACAACUACACACAAAGUACCAGUACCGCCACCUGUCCAGACUGAGAAGAGGCCGUUACGAUCUUCGUCAACCAGUCGAGUUCCGAACAAAUUCCAGAACAGCACUGACGAGGACAAAGAACCUAAAAUACCUGCCACCCAGACGCUAAGAAGGACGUUCUCAAAGGUGGGGCCUGGUGGAGGCUCAAACAUAAACACGUCAACCCCUGUGACAGAGAAUCUCAGUCCUUCAAGGCUUAAGCCAAUACAAUCUACCAAUCAAGAUGGAAAGGGGCCAGGUAACAACGCUUUAUGGAGUGGGAACACAACAAGUAAACACCUGGCACAUGUAAAUACUGCUCCAGCAGAGUUGAACUCCUCCACCCCACUGGACACCGAUCAGACAGAAGAGCAUACAGUGUCCCCCAGUGCUAUAGCAGCCAAACAGGGACGAGGAAGAUCAUUUGUCAAGGGCAGGGGAGAGCCGGCGAUCACUCGAAAUGCCACAAUGAACAAAACAAAUCCAGGGGGGAUAACUCCACAAACUGUGUCUUCCGUGAAUGCAUCACCAAGUGGUGCACAAGUACAUUCCCUUGAUACUGCUGAAAACAAUAAGUCAGUUUUAGUGUCAUCAGAAAAAACGACAACGACUAAACCUGAGGAGGAUGAUCACAUGAGUCAACGAAAACUGUCAACAGGUGAAAUCCUAAAUGCGCAAAUGAAGUUUUCUCAAAGGGAUGGAAAGUUUCAGAAUUCAUACACCGGGACAAAUCACACGGCAGCGCUAACAUCGCGUAUUACCUCCAGGCUGGCCAAAACGACACCACAAGAUGAGAACGUCUCCGCACCUAAUUCACCCCCUCCUGCUGUUAUGCCCAAAUCUGGAGCUAAAUGCCCGCUCCCUAAUUCGCCACUUUUGUCUGCGUUGUAUCUGACAUCUGUGAUCAAAGCCAAACAAAGUGCUCCAGAGAACACGCAACCAACAGCAACAGUGACUCCAUCCAGGGCAGCAGCACCACCUACAGUGCCAACGCUUAACCAAGCAGGGGAGAUAACCUUGUCAACCAAAAACAUACAGGAUUUUGAGAAUGUGAUGGCAUCCAGUAAAUAUAAAUCUGACUCCAAAAUGGAAGGAAUAGACGUGACAAAAAUUCCUGGCUAUGUCAAAAUCCCUGACAAUACUCCAGCAUGGAAACGACAGGUGAUGGAAAAGAAAAACGCUGAGAUUUUGAAGAAGUAUCAAGCGCAGUAUGAGGAGAUCUUACAACAGCAGCGUGCUGAGGAAGAGCGCAAACGCAGAGAGGAAGAAGAGCGCAAACUUGAGGAGGAGAAAUGGAAGGGAAUUCCUGAGUGGAAGCGCAAGAUCAUGCGAGACAAAAAACAACAGCCACCAGGUGGUGCUGCAGCAGGUAAACAACCUGCCCCUCAACAAAAACAAGCCCCCGCCCCUCAGCAGAAGCAAGCCCCUGCCCAGAAACAAGCUCCCCCUGCUACCGCCCCGAAGCAAAAACAAGCUCCACCUCCCCAACAACAAGCUCCGCCCCCUCAACCUGCACAGAAAAAGCUGGAUGUGAAAAAAGCGCAGCCCUUGCCCCCGGAGAAAGCCCCUCAGACGCCCGCCGAUAUUCCACUAAAAGUCUCCAGAGCUAGCAUCACGUUUAAACAGAACCCCGCUGGGACGGGAGAGCCUGAUGUGCCCAUUAAGAGGAGUAUCAAAGUCCUAAAGCGUAGCAAAGCAUAACAUCUAAACUGUUAGGUUAGAGACUAUAUACAAAUACUGUGUAUUAUCAACAACUUGAUACUCAUUCUGUUUGAACCCAGUGGCUUUACUUCGACACAGGUACACAAGACCUGAUCUGCUUUACAAGACACCUAUUUCUCACGCUUCCCAAAUAAUUAUCAUGAAAUUUUGCUUGACAUUUCUGCCAGCAGCAGGUGAUAUCAGGAAGUAAAAAAUUUGUACUUGCAUGGUGAAAUUAUUAAAGGGAAAGAUUUCUCAAAAUCGAAGUAGGCAUCACUAAAUAGACCAACUAAUACAAUGCAUAAAUGUACUUCCAUUUAUUUCUUUUAGAGUUUUGUGAAGAGAGUUAAAGGUGUUCAAACAUUUGAAUUCUAAUUGGGGGGGGGGGGGAGGUAUGGACCAUACAAUCAGAGAUAAGGAACUCUGAUGUCAAAGGAAGCUUCUCCAACUCUAAUCACGACACUGAAUGUAGGAAUAACUCUUUUUACUCAUGAGUAAAAGAUUACUGAUAAAAGAUUCCCCAAAAUUCUUUCCUUCUGGUGAUAUUGACAGAUACCAUGAAUAAGGCUUAUAAUGGCCACCUUACUAUUCAAAUAUUUGAAUGCCUUUCACCACUCUUGAAAAAUCUGAAAAAAUAAAC